UUAUUUUUCAGUCUCUCUUUCUCUUAAGAACGCCUAUUUUCUUUCUUUCUUUUCUUUUUUCUUUUUUUUAACCUUUUUAAUCAUCCCUCUCUGUUUCUCCUUGUGCCACUCUUUCUGUGCUGCUUCAGAGGAAUGCAGUAUGAAGCAAGCUGUGGUUCUUUGGCUGUUGAUACUUGCAGCUCUGCUCCAAGUCACAGUCCAGGGUCCACACCAGCGUUUUCUGCUCAGAGAGCUAAUGAGAGACUACAACCCCAUGGAAAGACCAGUGGCCAACGACUCCCAGACACUCACUGUUCAGUUCUCCUUCACUCUAAUGCAGGUCAUGGACGUGGAUGAAAAGAAUCAGAUCCUCACAACAAAUGCCUGGCUGCAGAUGCAGUGGUAUGACCACUACCUCCAGUGGAACCAGUCCGAAUAUCCUGGAGUCAAGAACCUUCGUUUUACUCCUGACCAGGUUUGGACACCUGACAUACUGCUAUACAACAGUGCUCAUGAUAAGUUUGAUGCCACCUUUAAGACCAAUGUGCUGGUUAAUUCCAGUGGCUUCUGUGAGUAUCUGCCUCCAGGAAUAUUUGUCAGCACAUGUAACGUGGAUGUAAGAUGGUUUCCAUUUGACAUCCAACGCUGUGAGUUAAAGUUUGGAUCAUGGACCUUCGAUGGCUGGCUGCUGGACAUCCAGAUGAAGGAGGCAGAUGUCUCAGGAUACAUGCCCAAUGGAGAGUGGGAUCUUCUGGAGGUCCCUGGAGAUCGUCAUGAGGUUUUUUAUGACUGCUGUGCAGAGCCCUACCCUGAUGUUACAUUUGUGGUGACAUUACGAAGGAGAACCCUGUUCUACGCUCUCAACCUCCUCAUCCCCUGUGUGCUCCUCUCCUCUAUGACCCUGCUAGUUUUCCUGCUACCCGCAAAUUCAGGGGAGAAAAUCAGCCUCGGCAUCACUGUUCUGCUUUCUCUGACGGUCUUCAUGCUGAUGGUUGCAGAGAUCAUGCCUGCCACUUCAGAUUCUGUACCACUGAUUGGUCAGUACUUUGCCAGCACCAUGGUGAUUGUCGGGAUGUCAGUGGUGGCCACAGUCAUUGUCUUGCAGUUUCAUCACCACAGCCCUGAUAAUGGACAUAUGCCACGUUGGGUGCACUUGGUUCUGCUGCAGUGGGUCCCGUGGUUUCUGAGAAUGAAGCGUCCAGGUGAGGGUGCAGAGCCUACACUUUCCAGCAGCCAAGCAGACUCUCAGAGUAAGACCCUGUCCUCUCCAACCACCACCACAACCACCACCACCAUCCCCACCCCGGCACCCUCCAUCCUCCCACAGAGCCUCAGCUCCCUCCAGGCCAGCCUUGUGCAACUCAGCCACCCUCUGUCAUACCCACUUCCUAUCAGGCCCAACUCCCAGGCUGUAAUCCUCCCCAGCCACAGAGACCCCAGCUUCAAUCCACAGCCUCAGCCUAAUGGCCAUCUUCCUUACAUGGGCUUCCAGACCUUCCAGACCACUGCUGAACUGGAACCAUUACAGAGGGGCAGGACCACCAGUAAUGGGAGGAGUAACACUGGAGGAGGAGAAGGAGAUGGUGGAGCUGCAGUAGAAGGAGGAGGACCAGUUGGAGAUAUACCAAUACAUCACCAUCUUCAAUCUUCCAAAUUUGGGAGCCCCCCACUGGAACCCCCAGUCUCUCCAGACCCAGACCCAUCAGCCACAACCUCUGGGCCCUGUGGCUUGGAGGCUGGUGGUAUGAGAUCAACGGUCCUCCACACCUCCAGCGGGAUUAGCCGAUCUGUUGCAGUGGAUAACCAGCUGCAGGCUCUUUUGGUGGAGGUGCAGUUUUUAGUUGAACGCGUUCGCGAGCAGGACCGCCAGCUGAGUCUGGCAGAGCAGUGGCAGUUUGCUGCAGCUGUCAUUGACCGACUUUGCCUGGUUGGCUUCAGUGUUUUCAACAUCAUCUGUACCAUUGCUAUCCUCAUGGCUGCACCCAACUUUGGAAUAGCACUGUCAAAAGACUUCCUCUGAGAGGUAAAAUAAACCCCCCAGAUUUUAUAAAAAGAGAGGUGUGACAAGGUUUGAUGGAAGCACAACUGCUGUCAGCGACAUUGGGACACAGAAUUGUGAAUAUUUCCCAUUUUGUAACCUGGAGUGGAAUAUGGACCUUCAAACAUUAUCGCUCAUUUUCCUCAUGGAACAUAGACAUGCUCCCAUUUACAUAGCUGCUAAUAGUGGGGGUUGGUUUGUGGACUGAUGCCAUGAUUUUCUUAAAUUUAACAUUUCAAUCAGAAAAGGUUUGAGAAUAAGGUCCUCAGAAGAAAGUCUGCUGUGUAACUGUGUGACCUCAGUGGAACACCACAUGGAGAUACCGAGUUCUGAGGAAGUUGAUACUGAUAUACUGCAUGUCAAAUGAUGAGCUUUAAACUCAAGCAGAAUUAGCAGUUCUAAACUUCAUAGUAUUGUACUCCACUAGUUAUCAAUGGAAGUGCAACCCUUGUGCCUGCAGUUCAAAUAUAAAUUCAUAGAAAUGUAACUGAUGCUGAUUAAGUGAUGAAGGUACACAAUUUCACACUGAUUAUGGCAGAGGCAGUGUCCAAGACUUUGUCCAAGACUGGCAGUUGCAGUGCUAAGAGACCUCAGUCAUUUUAAUGAUGAAGAGAACUCAGUGUUCAAUCGCUAGCUGGUGCUGACAGUGCUAAGUGUUCUUAUGAUCAGCAGGUCUUCUGCAUGUAAGGACUAAAGCACCUCUGUAGCUGCAGUCAGGCUCCAGUAAAGGUAAUUUUUGUAGGAAGAAGGGUAGAGUGAGGUUUAUCAGCACCAUAUACAUUUAUUCAUCAUGCCUUCAAGAGGGGUUUCUUGCUUUUGUUUGAUUUUUCUUUUUUUUUUUUUAAUUAGUCUUAAAGGUUAAUUUAUUUGCAUUAUGUAUUAGGAAACCCCAACAAGUGUUUUUUUUUUUUUUUAUUUGUUAAGAAAGACUAAACAGAGCUGAAACUACCAACAGGACUGCAUUAAAUAGCACACUGAUUAGACAGUAAUGGUGAGAGAUGUAGUGUUGUUCCACUGAGACAUAAUAAAUAUACCCAAACAAAGCUGGGAUAAUAAUAUCCCAGUGUCCAUUUCUAGAGUAGACAUUGAAUCCUAACAAAUUGCCAACACUUUUACUAAAUUUAUCAUAUGUAUUCCAGCCAUACUGGAUUCUGGAUUGUUAACCUUGUCAUGGUAUUCUGUUGUUUGGUUUAAGUUUUUUCUUAGAUAGGAUGUCAAAAAUGAUUGGAGUGAGCAAUUUCCCACAUUAAAUUUGUUUUACAAAGAUAAAAUUCAAAAUAAUGAAACCAUUAAAUCAUAUGAAGUUAGCACAAAAAGUAAGGAACAUUUGUGACUGGUCGAUUAUUUCUCCCCUUUGAGGAUACCAAGUGAUGUAAUACAUCACUGGAAAGUUUGAUUAGUCACCUUUACAACAAGGUACAAUUUGUUAGGAUGAUGCUUCUUGAGAAUUGGGUAGUGCCCAAAAAACGUACCAAAGUCCUCUGCAAUAUUCUCUUGGUAAUUACUCUUGUUUUGAGAUUUAAGUGCUGCUGAUGUGUGUCACUCACAGAUGUACCACUGCUACCUGAUUGGCACUAAAUGAUAUCGGCACAUAUUGGAAUGAGAUUCUGGAGCCAGGAUCACUCCUGGCUCCAGAAUCUGGAACAUAACUUCAUCCUCCAGGAUGACAACGCUCUCUCCUAUAGAGCCAGGAUCAUCACAAAGUACCUCCACAAUUUGGGAGUGGAAGGAUGAAAUAGCCUGCUGUGAGUCCAGACCUCAAACCAACUGAGAACUAGUUGACCUAGUUGACUAGUGGACGCUCACUAACCAUCAACAACUUCAUCAACAACCUUAAUUUAUAUGCUAAGUUUAUACAUUGGGAUGAUGAAAUUAUGCAUUCAUUUUUGCAUCACUGUUUCUAGACAUGUUUACUUCAUAUUAAGAUGUCAGUGUCAUAAUACUAUGUAAUAGAAUAUAUUUAAUAUUUUUUGUCUACAACUUAACUUAAUUAGUGCAUCAAUGUGAAAAACUCAAUAAAAAAGGCUCUACUUUCUGAUUAGACUCACAUACCAGGGAUUAUCUAUUUAAGCAUUUUAGUCCAGUAAAUGCCCAGUUGUUUUGUUUUGUUUUUGUUUUCUUUUCAAACAAUUAUUAUUAAAUUUAUGUGUCUCAAAGAGGAGCAAACUGUGGUAUGUGAAUAGUAUGUGAGGGAGAAAAUUAUAGGUCAGAUGUGCUUGGACAAGACACAUAAAUAUAAUUCCACCAAUCUCUUAGCAAAAUCAGUAUGUUUUCAGAGCAUCUCUGUGGUUUUGACUCUGAAUCCCAAACAUAACAGCUAAUAUAUAGAAAUGCUGAAACACUUGAAUAUGGAUUGUG